AUGUCUUACAGACUGCAUCUUUUUUUGAUCUUCUCCUGUCUUUAUCUGAUUUGCCACUCAAGUCAACAAGAAACUCGGUUUGUCUACAAUGGCUUCGAUCAAGCUGAUCUUUUCAUUGAUGGGAUCGCCAAGAUCCUUCCUGGUGGGCUUUUACUGUUAACAAACUCUACAGAGCUGCAGAUGGGUCAUGCUUUCUUCAAGCAGCCAUUUGAUUUUGGUCCAUCUUCAUCGCUCUCGUUCUAUACACAUUUUGUGUGUGCUCUGGUUCCUCCUAAGUUGGGAGGUGUUGGUGGCCAUGGGAUUGCCUUUGUUGUGUCUCCUUCGAUGGAUCUCUCUCAUGCAUACGCAACUCAGUAUUUGGGUGUAUUUAGCAAUAAUGGGACUUCUUCUACUUCUCCUCUGCUAGCUAUUGAACUCGAUACUGUUAAGACAGUAGAGUUUAAUGAGUUGGAAAAGCCUCAUGUUGGUAUUGAUGUGAACAGUCCAAUAUCUCUUGAAUCUUCUCUGCCAUCUUACUUUUCCAGUGUCUUAAGGAAAAAUAUAAGCAUAGAUCUUCUGAGUGGAGAGCCUAUCCAGGUCUUUGUGGAUUACGAUGGCUUGUUUCUAAAUCUUACUCUGGCUCCUAUAGAUAUCCAGAAGCCAAAUCAGCCUCUUAUAUCAAGAGCCAUGAAUCUUUCAGAAGUUUUUCAAGAGAAGAUGUAUGUUGGGUUCUCUGCAUCAACAGGGAACAUGCUCAGUAACCAUUAUAUACUUGGGUGGAGUUUUAGUAGAAGCAGAGAACUAUUACAGACCUUGGACCUCUCUAAACUCCCUCAGGUUCCUCUUCCUAGAGAAGUUAAAAAGAAACUAUAUUUAUCUCCACUGCAUAUUGGUUUGGUCGUCUUAUUGGUGAUCCCUGUGGUGAUGGUUCUUGGAGGAAUGUAUUGGUACAGAAGAAAGAAAUAUGCAGAAGUUAAAGAAUGGUGGGAAAAGGAAUAUGGACCACACCGGUUCUCGUAUAAGUCUUUGUACAAAGCAACAAAUGGGUUUAGUAAAGAUUGUCGUGUUGGUAAAGGUGGGUUUGGAGAAGUCUAUAGAGGAACUCUGCCCUUAAGCAGGCAUAUAGCUGUGAAAAGACUAUCACAUGAUGCAGAGCAAGGAAUGAAACAGUUUGUGGCAGAAGUUGUAACUAUGGGAAGUUUACAGCAUCGCAAUUUGGUUCCUCUUCUCGGGUAUUGCAGGAGAAAAGGUGAAUUACUGUUAGUCUCUGAGUUCAUGCCCAAUGGCAGUCUUGACCAGUACUUGUUUCAAAACCAAAACCCAUCUCCUUCAUGGUUGCAAAGGAUUUCUAUUAUUAAAGACAUUGCCUCGGCUCUCAGUUACUUGCAUAUAGGAACUAAGCGCGUUGUUUUGCACCGGGAUAUAAAAGCUUCUAACGUAAUGUUAGAUUCUGAGUUCAAUGGGAGGUUAGGUGAUUUUGGCAUGGCCAAGUUUCAUGACCAUGGAGCCAACUUAUCUGCAACAGCUGCUGUGGGAACUAUAGGUUACAUGGCACCAGAGCUAAUAACAACUGGAACGUCUAUGAAAACCGAUGUGUAUGCAUUUGGUGCUUUCCUUCUUGAAGUAACUUGUGGAAGACGACCUGUGGAACCUGAGCUGCCAGUUGAAAAGCAAUAUUUGGUCAAGUGGGUAUUUGAAUGCUGGAAACAUGCUUGUUUACUCGAGACUAGAGAUUCAAGAUUGGGAGGAGAAUUUGUAUCUGCGGAAGUUGAGAUGGUUCUGAAACUUGGACUGCUCUGCACAAAUGCUAUGCCAGAAUCAAGGCCUUCCAUGGAGCAAGUGGUGCAAUACCUUAACCGAGACUUACCCUUGCCGGAUUUCUCGCCAUCUACUCCAGGUAUCGGGGCUUUUAUGCCAGUUUCAGCCGUAGCAUCAUCUGCCAUUGAGGUCUCCAGAUUAAGGAACUCGUCAGUUUCUAUGUUUGUUACUCACACGAUCUUGGACGGUCAUGGGAGAUGAGAAAUCUAAGGAACUGUGUAUGUUCUGCAUCUAGAUCUGUCUUGCUACUUAAAUGUUUUAACUUAAAACUGUUGACUAUGUUGUCUGUUGAUGUUGUACUCAAACAGAUCGUCAUGUCCUUUGUAAUCCAAGAAUCUGUAAGUUUCAUAAUUGGACAUGCUUACCUGUGAAAUUGAACAAUAAUCCAAGUUUGACAUUA